AAUAAUUUCAUUUACUUUAAAAACCAUCAAUACAAAUUACUUUUGACCCACUCCACAGCUGGUAUGUAUGCAUAUUCUCUCUGAAUUGGGAAAUGCAUAUACAAUUUAUCUUGCUACUAUUCGAUAAAAGUAGCCUGUGUAUCGAAAAAAGGUUCCAUUUCUCACAAUGUUUACCGUCACAAGUGUUACAAUAGUCGUGAUUUAAAAAUUGUGUCCCGAGGGCAGAUAACAUAUCGAAAGCGAUAAAGUUAUAGGUCCGAGGAAUGACCGGAUUCGAAAAUAUCUGAUCUGUUCCGAAUAAAGCCGAAAUAUUCCGAUUGCAUGAAACAGGAAGUAACGGGUGCUUGGAUUCCAAAAAGCGUCAAAAUGGCCGGUCAAGAAGUUAAUGCAAUCCCAACUGGAGGGUUUUGGAAUUGCCCUAAGGCAACAUACAGUAAACAAACACAUGAUUUGUUAAAAGAAAUGAUGAAAGAAUCUAAGCUGACAAAUUUUCAACAGAGACAUUUGGAAAAAACUCUUAGAAGUGGUUCUACACUUCCAUCGGAGGUGGCACCAACAUCCAGUGCCCGUCCAAAACAGCCAAGACCAGUACAAAAACAAGGCAAAGUUAUUAAGCUCAGUACAUAUUCUGGAGGACUAAGAACACGAGACACAAUGGAGAGACAGGGAGCAUUUGAAAAGCCUGAAUACUUGCCACCCCAAGGACCUACACGCUCAGCCCGUGAGAAAGAGAAACUUGCGAACAUCAUGGCGUAUGGAGAAGACAAUCCAAACGUUUACAAAAAGAAAGUACGAGAACGAGUGGAACCACGUGAGGAAAAUGAAACAGACAGAUUUGAAGAAUUGCAAAAAGAAAUUGAAGAUAGACGUGAAUUUAUGAAAAAAAUGGUAAAACUAGGCAAAGCCAAAGACUAUCAACAUAUGAUCGACACAGAAAUAUCACAGAAAAUACGCGAGAUGGAAGUGAUAGACAAAAAGAGGACAAUGGAACUUGAAAAGCUGAUCGCAGAAGAUGAGAAGCGUCGAGUCAAUGAACAGGGAAUGUCACAUACAGAAGUUUCGUAACAAAAUCUCUUUCAAAGAAUCAUGUACAGUACCUUGAUUUAAUGCCAACCAAUGUUCCAAAAUAAUUUUGGCGUUAUAUCGAGUUGCCUUGGGUUUACUACCAAACUUAAUUUUUUUUUAAGUUGUUGAAUGUCAAGAAUAUGACAUAUGUUUUAAAUGUAAAUAACAGUAACAAAAGUAACAACAACCAGGUAACAAGAUUAUUAUUUUAUUUGUCUAUAAACAUGGCAAGUCAAUACACUAAAACGUAAAACGCGCACAUGUAUGCGUUUCAAUCGAUCUGUGAAAUACAUUUAUUUUUGUUCUUUAAUCUUUUUUGAUGUACACAUCUUUUAAGGCGUAAUUCUUGAUAAUGUCACUGGCCUUGGUUCGCCCAUUAGCAAUCAGCUGUUUGUCAACCCCGGCACUUUCACCUGAAAUAAUAUGCUGCGCGAUGCUGUGUCUCGACUUGAACCUCUGCAGCCACCCAUUAGAAUACGCGAAGUCGGAAAUGUUUAGUUCAUCACCAAAGGACCUGGCUUUAACUCUCAGAAUUUCAUCUGUAAUAGGGACAUUUUGAGCACAGGCAUUGCUGAACCAUAAGAAUAAUGCUUCUUCCAAAUCGGUGUGUUUUGCCAAUUUCAUUUUUUUUCGGGCCAGUUAGACAGUUUCAUCUUCCCACUUUUCCUUUUGAAGUAGAAUAUCGCCAACUGUCCUUCGUUUUACAGGAUAGGCCCACAACGCUGAAAAGUGAUUGGCUAUAUCUUGUAGACUUUUAGUUGAAUUUAUCUUCGAGUACUGAACAAUUUCUAUUUUUUUAACUGCGUCUAAUAUGAUACGUUUUCGCUUUAAAUCCAUUCUGCUGUAAUAAAAUGUGUUACUGGUGUCGUCGUAUUUAUGCCAAAGCUAAAUAGCAACUUAACAUAGGCCAUGGUCGAAAUAUGCUUGAGCAUAAUAAAACUUACCUAAAGUUUGUUUAUUAAUUAAACUUGAGUCGUUGCUGCCAGCACUUCAAAGACCCGAUGUAACAAUCCGCAAUUGAAAUAAUGAAUCUAAUGCACCCCUCUGUCACGUGAUCACUAUAGUGGCUGUUCUUUCUAUACCGAGUGUUGAUUGGACACAAACACUGCGCCUGCCUAAACAAUUCUAGCACUUACAUCCGUUAAUUGCUACACAAUAAACAAAAACAGAUUCAGUGUGUACUGCCAGUGUACAAUGGUGAUAGGAUUUCCCCAAUCAACAGAUCGCUAGUAAUUAUGUCACUAUAAUCAACUUUGUGACCAGACCAUUGGCGGCAAAAUCGAGGGAAUUAUAAUAGCUAAAUGGAGUUCGGUUCAAAAACGUCGUUGGCGGAUGGCAGAUACUGAGGGAGGCGUUAUAUACAGGGAAAUAAACAUGAAUGAAAACGGUACUUUAAAGAAAGUUGGCGGUAUGCGAGGUUGGCGUUAAAUCGGGGGGCAAUAAAUCAAGGGUACACUGUACAUGUAUUUGGCAGCUGUAAUAUCAAGUUUUCUGUUAACAAUCUAAAAUAUAUUUAUUAGCAACAAAUAAUACAUUUUUAACAAUAAAUUUGUAAAGCAGCCAACUUAAAGCAAAAUUGGUUCCAGUAAUUUGACAGAAAUUGGAGCAGCUGACUUUGAUUUUGCAGACACGAUAGAUUUACAGUGCUAAACCAAUUCCUUUAUUUAAUGAUUAUCUGCUACCUUCAUUUUGCCAGUCUAAGUACAGAAUUUUGUUUUCAUUUUCUCUAGUCUUAUUUAUUCACUUGAUUACACAUUACACAAAAAUGUAGUCUGUCCAAUUUUCAUUUCACAAUUUUUUUUAAUUUGUAUUAAAAAAUUAAGAAUCUUUAGUAUUUCAUUAAAAAAAAUAUGAAAACAAAAGCUACACAAUGCUGGAAAAAUAAGUAUCUAAAUUAAAACUGAUAUGGCUCCAUCUCUGACCGACUACCAGCUUCUCUCAGACUAAGCAUUAACUUGUCAGAGACAAACAGGACAGAUGGUGGAGGGGAGUGCACAGGACAUUGUACUGGAACCAUAGGCGGAUGUAAGAAAUAAAUGUAUAUGAAAGGAUGUGUACAAUAUAUGAGAGAUGUGGAUGUUGUUCAUUUGUUACUAGUUGUCUAAUCACUGCUGUCAGUAUUAUUUUGUGUUUGUAUGGAUCACUAAUGGUGUCAUUUACUUCUUCACACAUUUUAGAGGUGUUUUAAAUUAAAACAUAAUAUAAAGGGAAAUGGAAUCCAGAUGUAAUGGAUACAUUUCACACUGGCAUAGCUAAGAUUUUAUAUUGGGAGUGGGCACCCACAUUGAGGGUGGAGUGGGUCUAUCAGUCUAAUAUAAAAGGUGGUGGGGAAAACAGGUGUGAUUGGGGCUAUGCCAGUGAUAUUCCACUAUGCUUUUUUUUUAAUUCGUGUUGUGGCAUCCGUUAAGAGUUUGUUGCCUUAAAACUAAGCUUGCUCAUUCAUCAUUUGGGUGCUUAAUGGGCAGUUAUUAGCAGUCACAGACUAGUUAUUGUCUACACAAGGCUUUCACUUUUAAAGAUGUUAGCAACUGUAUUUUGUGAUGUAUUUUGUGAUACUAGUAUAAUUUUUAUGUAAUAUUUGUUCCUGUUUAUUUAUUUAUUUAUUUAAAUACAUUUUUAUUUGUAUGUCCACUUGUUUUCACUAAAGUUGUGAAGAUAUUUCAUUAAAUGUUUAUUAUCCGUCCUGAACCAUUAUUCUUUUGCAUUAUUUACAAUUUGUCCUAUUUAAUUACAGACACUAAAAUGUCUUUGGAAAAAAAAAAUUCUUAAAGAAAUAUUUUUGUCUGUAAUUGUGGUCAUGACCACUGUUUUAAAGCAGAAAUAUGAUUUUUUUUAAAAAAGCUUUUUAUCCAAUUUUAGCUUUUUAAGCAUAAAACUAUUUGUAAAAAAAUGCCUUGGCUUUCAUCUGAAACUAUCUUGUUAACUAUUCUCUCUUUCUUAAUAAACAGUCUAACAUAAUAGCAUAUUACAUAUCUAAAUUGUUGUGGACAUUUUAGUCAUGGAUCCAGUAUAGAACUUGCUUUGUUGAGUCAGUUUGAUUGACAGGAUGCAAGGUUAAGAGAGUAAGAAACUGAAUUAAUGUUAUGUAAUGGAGAAAUAGAUCAUGUUUGUGUAUUUUUAUAUAUACAGUGCAUUUAUUUUUCACACUGUUUGAAUUAAUAAAAUGUAUUCCAAUAUCA